AUGAAAGUAACUUCAAAAUAUUUGAGAGACCUAGUUAAAUUUUUACCUGCCCAUAUCCUAGUAUUGUAAAAAUGUGCCUCUGUUCAUGUUUACUUAUUUGUUGCUAAGAUCUUCUAUCAUGCAGGCUGAGGUUGCAUUGAGAGAUCUUAUACCAUCAGAUUAUGCCAAGAAGAAUAAUGUGAAUACUUCAACUCUUACCCAAUCUGAGAUUCGUGACAUAAUACUGGGAGCUGAGAUUACUCCACCUUCACAACAGAGGCAACAGAUAGUAGAGAUUGAGAAGCAGGCAAAAGAAGCAAGCCAGCUUACAGCUGUCACAACAAGGACAACAAAUGUGCAUGGUGAUGAACUUAUUGUCACCACCACAAGUCCAUAUGAGCAGCAGGCUUUUGGGUCCAAAACGGAUUGGCGUGUGAGAGCAAUCUCAGCCACAAAUCUUUAUCUCCGAGUCAAUCAUAAUUAUGUGAAUUCGGAGGACACCAAGGAAACGGGAUACGCAUACAUCAUGCCAAAAAAAUAUCUUGAAGAAGUUUAUCUGUAUAGCAGAUCUGCGUACUCAAAUUGCAGGGUACCUAUAUGGUAUAAGUCCACAGACAAUCCUAAGGUUAAAGAAAUCCGCUGUAUUGCCAUGCCACCACAGUGAGGGACUCAUCAGCAGGUCCAUCUUCCAUCUGCUCUUCCUGAGCAUGAUUUCUUAAAUGAUCUAGAGCCAUUGGGAUG